GGCAGACUUACGGGAAGGAUACAACAGGAACAAAGCAGUGAGGCUGGCUUCUCCCCACAGAGAAGCAGGGAGCUGGGGAUCUCUAGGAAGACUCUACUAAGAAGAUGGGGUUUCUGAUUCACAAACUUUCCUCUACGUAAAGUGAGAAGGGACUGAAAAUACGACACAUUUACAGAGCUGAAGAGGAAGUCCUGAGGAAGCUUGCAGGCAGGAUUGCAAAGGAUUACAUUGAUUGACUUGACUGAGCAGGAGACAGCAAAUCCCAUGCAAUGAAAGAUAUGGGGAAAACUGGAGCAGUAGUUAGAGGCAGGAUGAGGCUUCCAGGGGUGAGGAUGUACCCUGAAAUAAAAAGGGAUAUUGCAAUUCUUCAGCAGUGAGCUUAACACACUUGAGUGUUUCCAGGACCUUGGGUAAAAUGAUAAAUGGCUCGUUUAAAUUGGGAGCUACUAAAAUAUUUUCUGGCUGGCAAAUGCAGUGCCUAGUAGCAGCUAUCAGGGAGGAACCAAACAUGAGUGGGGGAGGGGAACAGGUCGACAUUUUGCCGGCCAACUACGUCGUCAAGGACCGUUGGAAAGUGCUGAAGAAGAUUGGUGGUGGUGGUUUCGGUGAGAUUUAUGAGGCAAUGGAUCUCCUAACCCGUGAGAAUGUGGCCCUGAAAGUGGAGUCAGCCCAGCAGCCCAAGCAGGUCCUCAAGAUGGAGGUGGCUGUCCUGAAGAAGCUGCAAGGGAAAGACCAUGUUUGCAGAUUUAUCGGCUGUGGAAGGAAUGAGAAGUUUAAUUACGUGGUCAUGCAGCUUCAGGGCCGGAACCUUGCAGACCUCAGAAGAAGCCAGCCUCGGGGGACUUUCACACUGAGCACAACCCUGCGAUUGGGCAAGCAGAUUCUAGAAUCCAUAGAAGCCAUUCACUCUGUGGGAUUCCUGCACCGGGAUAUCAAGCCGUCCAACUUUUCCAUGGGUCGCCUGCCUUCAACCUACAGGAAAUGCUACAUGUUAGACUUUGGUCUGGCCCGGCAGUACACCAACACCAACGGCGAAGUCCGGCCACCUCGCAAUGUUGCUGGGUUUCGGGGAACGGUCCGCUAUGCUUCAGUGAAUGCACACAAAAACCGAGAGAUGGGUCGACAUGAUGACCUGUGGUCCCUCUUUUACAUGUUAGUGGAGUUUGCAGUUGGUCAGCUUCCAUGGCGCAAGAUCAAAGAUAAGGAGCAAGUUGGCAUGAUCAAAGAGAAGUAUGAGCAUCGAAUGCUGCUAAAACACAUGCCGUCUGAAUUCCACCUCUUCCUGGAUCACAUUGCGAACCUGGACUACUUCACCAAGCCCGAUUAUCAGCUGAUCAUGUCGGUGUUUGAGAACAGCAUGAAGGAACGAGGCAUUACUGAGAACGAGGCCUUUGACUGGGAGAAAGCUGGAACGGACAUUUUAUUGUCUACAAGCACCUCCACGCCACCACAGCAGAACACCAGGCAGACAGCAGCCAUGUUUGGGGUGGUUAACGUCACUCCAGUUCCUGGGGACUUGCUGCGUGAGAACACUGAAGAUGUCCUACAGGGUGAACACUUGAGCGACCAAGAGAAUGCUCCUCCGAUCCUGCCAGGCCGGCCAGUGGAAGGGCUGGGCCAGGCUCCUAACAUGGCCUUCAACGAGACCGAGGUUUGGGAAGAGACGGACGUGAACCGCAACAAACUCAGGAUCAGCAUCAGCAAAACCCAGUGCAUGAUGGAAGAGGAACAGAGAAGUGCUGUCUGCCCCAGCUCCCCGAUACGGGCGCCUCCAGACUCCCCUACCACUCAAGUGCGCUCUCUGAGAUACCGUCGUGUGAACAGCCCUGAGUCGGAGCGCCAGUCCACUGCCGAUGGCAAAGCAGAUCUACACGAGAGAAGAUCUCGCGUGGACUUACCUUGCUCCCCUUCCCGGCUGGUGUGUUCCUCCCAACCAGCACAGAUGCUGUCCAUCGACACUGGCCAAGUAGACCGUCAGGCAAGUGGCAGGAUGGAUGUGUCUGCUUCCGUGGAUCACGAGGCCCUCAGCAAUGCUUUCCGCUCUGUGCCGCUGGCGGAGGAGGAGGACUUUGAUAGCAAGGAGUGGGUUAUCAUUGAUAAAGAGACGGAGCUGAAGGACUUUCACCCGGGUGCUGAGCCGAGCACUUCUGGAACUACAGACGAAGAGCCUGAGGAGCUUAGGCCGAUUGAAGAGGGCGAGGAGAGGAGGCGAUUGGGGGCAGAAGCUGCAGUCCGGCCAAAGGUCCAUGAUGGGAGAACAUGGGGGAUGCAGCCUGUGACUGAGGAGGACAGUUCACACAGGCAUGAAGGACACUGUCAAACGGUAUCUGACAUCAAACCUGAACAGCAGCCAGGAAGCCCAGCCCAGUUAUCCUUACACUCAGCACCAGCUCUCCGACAGCACAGACGGGAGUCCGAACCAACCGGGCCUCAGAGACAGGUGUUUACACUGAACCCUUUUGAAAUGAAUGGUCUGCCCAAGGCGGUGCCUUUAAAUUUGCCUUAUCAAGACUUUAAACGGGAUGUGUCAGACUCUAGGGAAAAGCCUAGGAUCCUCCAGCGGAUAAAGAAGGUCGACUUCUCAAAUAUUGUCUUGACCGCUCCUUGUAAACCGCCGGAGCCCCGUCUGGAACUGAAUGGGGAGUGUGAGGAGGACGAGGACGAGGAGGAGGAGGACGAAGAGGAGGAGGACGCUGGUUAUCUGGGAGAAGAGAUUGACAUGCACAGUAGCUCCAGCAGCGACAUGAGUCAGAAAAGCACGGAGCGCAGUCAGGAAGGGGCACCAUCCACUCUGCUGGCUGAUGAUCAGAAAGAGUCCAAGGGCCGCGCUUCCAUGGCCGAUGGCGAUUUAGAACUGGAGGAAGGCUCCAAAACGCUGGUGUUGUUUUCACCGGGUGACAUGAAGAAGUCUCCACUCACCACCGACUUGGCGCCAGAUGUCGAUCUGGGGACACUUGCUGCUUUAACGCCUCAGAGCGAGAGGCCCCAGCCCCUGGGCAGCCAGCUGGAUGUGUCGGAGCCCGGGACCCUGUCCUCCAUCCUGAAGUCUGAACCAAAGCCUCCAGCAGCAGUUUCCACGACGUCCUCCCCCUUUACCAAAGUCGAGCGCACGUUUGUUCAUAUUGCUGAGAAGACCCAUCUGAACGUCAUGUCUUCCGGCAGCCAGCUGGUGAGGCACGAGGAGUACUGCCCUCCCGGCCAGCUGGAGGAGAUCAUCCUUGAGGAGGCGCUGGAGGAGAACCUGGGGUUGGUAGAAAAUGGGAGUGCGAAUUCUGGUUUAGAAGGGGGAGAAACGGAAAGCUGCGCGCUCUCGGUCAAUCACAUCGAAACCUCCUCGGAGAUGGCAGGGGAGCCGCUGACGCUUCCCAACGGCGUGGCCCAGUCCCCGGAGGAGAGGCUGGAGCUUAAAGGCAAAGCCGUGCUGGCACUGGAUCUGGAAGAAACUGGCCGGCUGGUUUCAGGAGAGCCUAGCUUAGAAAAGACCAUUCUGGCGACCGAGCGCCUUACACAAGCCGAGGCUCUCCUGGGAACAACGAAGCAGGGCCCGAGGAAGCCUCUGAGUGCCAGAUACAGAAGCCGGAUUCCCAUCUUGUUCUCCGAGGAGGACACCGGCUCAGACCUGUCGGCCUCGCUCUCAGCCAAAGAGAGGCUUCACAAGAGGGCCAAGCAGCCUGACUUGGUUCGCCUAGUGAUGGAGAGAAGGCAAAGCCGCCUCCUCAGACUGGCCUCUGGGGCCUCCUCCUCGGCCUCCUCCAGCGACGAGCGGAGACGUGCCUCAGAGACCCUCUCGGCCACCGGCUCAGAGGAGGACACUCAUGACUCAGACGACUCCGUCCCGAGGAGGACCGGGGAGGGGAAGGCAUUCCACCGGGGAAGAGAAGGGAAAACUUUAAGCACAAAGAGCAGAAUCCCUCGGCCCAUCAUGCCUGCGAGGACGUUGCCGGCAGCAGUGAAGUUCGGGAGCCCAGCAGCACCAAACAGCUCGCCGCUCGAUGCAGCUCUCACCGCCAGGCUUCAGAGGACAGCUGGGACUGCGCCCAGUGACUCCCCGCUGAAACAGCUCCACAGCAGGCUCCCUUCCGCCCCGAGUCCGGCUCCUCCUCCUCCCCCGUGGAGCUGUGCUCCCCCCUGGAGCCCCGGCCUGCCCCCACGCAACCUCAGUGCUUCCCCCAAAAGCCAGUCACUGUCCAGACGGGAGAGUCCUUCGCCCUCCCGGCAGCAUAGGCCAGGGUCUGCCCUGCAGCGAGUUCAACCGUCUCCCCGCCCUCAACCCCGAGUCCUGGCGCGGGGGCUGCUGGGAGACCCCCCGGCCUCCCCAGGCCUGGCCAGGAAAGGACAAAGAGGGAAAACCCAGACUCAGAGCCCAGCAACCAAAGGAAGGCAAGUGUCCGCGGAAGGCAAGGCUGCGGCCAGAUAAUGAUCUUCUGCCGCCAACCCGUCAGGCUGGCCAACUCCUGCGUCUAGUGUACACUGAGCUGCCGUACACGCCGGACCCACGAGCGGCUCGCAGCUCGCUGCACCUCAGCGCUUCACUCCCUCCCACGCCCACGCCGUCCGGACCCCGCUGCCCCAGGGCGGAGCGCCUCUGCCCCACCGAGGGCUCGGCCGCAGCGCACGCUUGCUAUUGCAACCCACCAAGCAGAGCCUCAGGCAGCCUGCCUCGUGCCUGACCCCCCCACCCCCUUUUCUCCUGCUCACUUAGCAAUACCAGAGUCUCCAAGCCAGCGCGCUGCCACGUGAGCUUUAGCCAGCAGCAGUCGAAGUCGGUGGCGAGGGAACGGGCAUGGGAGGAGAGGGCUCUGGGACUGUAGGGAGCUGCCCCCCCCUUCCCCCAGUGCGUUGCUCCAGGAAGCCCCUGCCUCCCCGCCUCGCCUGCUGUACUUGCACUGACAGUGGUUACAACCCCCUCCUGCCCAGCUAGCCAGGGAGCGCUGCUGGCUUCGCGAGAGAGCAGGCCCUUGCAGUGCUGAGCCGGGCGGAGAGGAGCUGCAGGCAUCUCUCAGCAGCCAGUGGGGAGACACGCCGCAGAGGGCUCCAACAAGCCUGGUAGUGCAGGGAGCCGGGCACUGGUGCUCCGUGAUGCCCCCUAGGCCAAUCUGUCUGUGGCAGCAGGCGGCUGUGUGUGACCAAGCCCGGGCUGCACUGACAGCUUGCCAGGGGCCCAAGGGCUAGGGGGCAGAUUGCAGCUGUGCCCCAUGGAGCCUACCAGUCCCAGCAUGCAGCCGGGGGGUGGGGCCAGAACAGCUUUUCCUGCUGGCGCCAGCCGCAGCUCCAUAUUAAAGAGGGGGUGUCACUAAAUGCCUUUUGUGUGGGUGCCCCUGCCCUGAACCUCCUUGUGCUUUGUUGUCACGCUGCCAGGUGGUUUUGGGGUGGGGGAGGGGCUGCACAGUGGCUUUAACACUGCGGGGGCGGGGAGGUGAUGACUCUUGUGUACUAGAGACAGGCGCUGCUGCUUUGCAGCCAGAGAUGGGCUGGCACGUUACUGAUCCUCUCCGCCUGCACCCUCAACUCGUCGACGCGCUGCGGGAGCACAAACCAUGUGAAUGUAGUGGCAGGGUUAGAUUAAGGCCCCAGUUCUGGAUGUCACGUGACCCCUGCCAACCCCCGGCUCUCACUUUAAAACCCUUUUAGCCUUCAUGGCUGGGAAGCAAUGCUCGAAAAACAUGAGCCACAUGUGACCGAUGCUGCAAUGUCUGCCUGAGUCUGCAGAGAGCCUGAGACAAGCCUGAGAGCUUGGUGAGAGGCAAAAUGCUCCAUUCAUCUCAAUGGGGGGCACCGCCAGGCCCCACUGCUCUGGGGAGCCCUGCCUGCGCCAUCUGAGCCUGAGCGCAGCAGAAGAAUACAGUACGUGCUGGCCGCCCAGGCCUGCAGAUGCACUCAGCUGCCGGUGUAAAGACUGAGAGGGCCAGGGCCGGCCUACAGCGCACUCUGGCUUGCAGGGUAAGUGAGCUCACUGCAAGAACAGGCAUUAAAAACAGGCACCUGCAAGGUCCUAUUCCUGACACCCACGACUGUAGCUGGCACUUAGAGGGGUGGGGCUGCGGGGUCAUGCAGGGGAAUAUCACGUAGACAGGCGUGGGCUUACCUCGUUGUACAGCAUGAGCAGAGUUGCCAACACUUGCAAUGUUAGUGUCUCCCUCACUGUUUGUGGUUUUCUUUGAAGCCUCUGCUGCUGGAGUCGUGCAAAUCCCAGCCACCAGAUUUUACCGGAACCCACCAGCUGCCUACGGGGCCAGCCUCACACUGACUUGUUUAUUUAAAGGGCAUAAAUUGUAACCAAGCCCUUGGGGGCGGAGGGGGGAGCUCCUGCUUUUAGGCGGCCUGGGCUUCAUGACACAGCAUCAGUGAGCCCAUAACUGGCCCCUGUGUCCUGGGCUGGGGGCGGCCACAGGGCCAGGAGCUGUUGGAAAGGGUUCAGAAAAGCACCACCAGCAUGUUUAACUGGCCGGAAAAACCCUCCUGCCAGCCCCAGGACUGAGCAGCAGGCUGGCACCAUGCUCCUUCCAUCAACCCUGCCCCCACCCCAACCCUGCCUGGGCUGAGAGAGCCACAGUGUGCCUAGGCGGCUGCGGGGCAGAGCCGGCCCCCAGGCUAGGAGAGACGAGGCAGCGCAAAGAGCCCUGAGGGGGCGUUACCCAGAGAUGAACUGAUUUCUCCAGCUGUGCCAGCAGGCAGGGGCGGGCACAUCUGGCUGGCUGCUUUGCAGGGCCCAGGGGAAAGGUGUUUGCGCUGGGGUCAGCGGCACAGCACAGAGCCAGCUGGAGCCGGGGCAGGGGAGCGGGAAGCCUCAGGUCUUCAUCAAGCCCGUGACAUAACACAGAUCAGCACAUGGGCCUGCUGCAGCCAGCGGCGGGUGCUGUGGGGCUCCUACAGCUUGAACCCACCUUGUGCCAUGCUUGCCGCAGCUAAGGCACGUGGCCGGGCCAGGCUGGGGUGGGGAGGAGGCGUGGUGACGGGUCUUAGCCAUACAGCCCAUUACCUGCUGCCGUGUGUGUGAACGGAGAGCCAGCCCCCUUGUGCACCAAGGCCUGUGAGCAGCCAUGGGGCAGCGAGGGAGUGGGACUGUGGGUGACGGGCAGCACAGCCGGGCAUUGGAGCCGCGGUUCAGGGCAAAGCGGGUGGCGGGGGGGGCCAGGCGCACUUUGAUCGCCCGGCCGCAGAGCAGGCAGGGUGUGACUGACGCCUCCAUAAACGGGGGCAAACGCGCUGCCUCAUGGGCUGACACACCUCACCCUGACGCCAAGGGCCUGCUUCCUUCUCCCACUGCUGUCUGCCCCUUGUAGCUUAGCCGGUACCUGCCCCA